AGAUAAGUCUUCGUUGAAUAGGUCGUGGUAGUGUGUGGCUUUAAUACAAGCACAAACAAACAAACAAGCAAAUCAAUCAAUCAAUCCAUCCAUCCAUCAAUAAAUACAGUUCUAGCGUGAUUCCACAAUAUUUUCUAUUACGUACGGGACAUCCACGUUUGAGAGUUGAUUCCCUGGAUAUUUACACUUACUUACGUGAUAGUUCCGUUGUCAAUAUACAGUAUACACAUUUGAGUGGGCAAGCAGCAGCAACCCUUAAUGUUAAUAUGGUCAUUUUGUUAAUAUCGUUAAAAUAAUAAGUGCCGGCUUUACAAUGCGUCAGCCAAAGGAUUGUAACAUGGAAUAAACAAGUGAUUAGAAUGGAAUACAAAAAUGGACAUGCCAAUCACCUUGGAAGUGCCACGUUGAGAGCAGCAUAACAAUUUUGGGGGUUGGUUGCAAGCACUAUGGGGCUGAAGUGUGAAGUGCACUCCAUCACGGUCUGUGUGGAGGGGAUGAUCUGUAACUCCUGCGUCCAAACCAUCGAACAACAGGUGGGAAAUCUGCAAGGUGUGCAUGACAUACAGGUCUCUCUAAUAAAUAAGGAUGCGGUCGUUGUAUUUGAUCCCAGCCUCCAAACCCCGGAGUCUCUGAGAGAGGCUAUCGAAGACAUGGGGUUUGAGGCGAGUCUUUCUGAUUCAGCCAAGCCAAUACCCACUGAAACAGGCCUGUUCAGCAUCCCCGGGCUGGUGCCUCAGCCCCAGAGUCAGGUCCACAGCACACUCUCCCAAAUGAAAGGAGUUCUGAGUGUUCAGAACGCCCCUGAGCCUCAGCAUGUCAACGUGACUUUCAUCCCCUCACUUGUCAGCACCAGCCAGAUUGGCGAGGUGGUUCGGACUGUAGACGCUUCUCCGGUGGAAAGGAAGUGUGAUCCUCAUGAAGAGCCUGGGCUGAUCCAGGCGAGCGAAGCACUGGUAAAAAUGAAGAUCGAAGGAAUGGUGUAUCUCUCUUGUACAACCACCAUCCAAAAAAAGAUAGGAAAACUCAGUGGGGUCCAGAAAAUACAAGUCUCCUUGGCCAAUCAGGAAGCGGCUGUCAUAUACCAGCCACACCUCAUCACUGCAGAAGAGAUUGUGAACCAGAUUGGCUUGGUAGGCUUCAAAGCGUCCCUACAGAACAAACCCAGUCCAGUCCAGAACUCUGCACCAGCACAGCAGAGCCCUGAGACAGACAGCGACCUCACUACCGUUGCCCUGCACGUAGACGGCAUGCAUUGUAAUUCCUGUGUUGUCAAUAUCCAAAGUAAUGUAGCGGAACUUACUGGCGUGCAUGGAGUCAUUGUUUCUUUGGAAAAGAAGACUGCUACUAUAAGAUGUAACCUGAAACUCAUUACAAUCAAUAACCUCAAGAAAGCCAUUCAGGCUCUUCCACCAGGAAACUUUAAGGCAACCGAAUGUGAGUCUGUGUUUUGUACAACUCCCCACAGUUCCCCAGUGUCUUUGCCUCCUAUGACUCCAGUGAACUGUACAAGCCAGCCCCUGACAGCGUUGUCUGUGAUUACCAUUGAGGGAAUGACAUGCAACUCCUGUGUGCAGACCAUCGAAGGAAUGCUGUCCCAAAGAAAGGGAGUGAAAUCCGCACAGGUGUCUCUUGCUCACCACAGUGGAACUUUUGAGUAUGACCCGCUGCUCACUAACCCAGAGGAAUUAAGGGAAGCUAUAGAGGAUAUGGGAUUUAAUGCAUUUCUACCUGGUGCAAAUUUCUUAGCAGAAGGCUUUGAAUCAUCAUUAUCACUGAAGGCACUGUUGCCAAAGGGGUCUCCCAGUAAUAAACAGAAGAGCCGCAGCCCCUCAGACCGGCGGAAGGACGAGGACGAGGGCUCCACAGAUUCAGCGGCUGCACUGACCGCUCCACAGACCCCUAUGAAGUGCUUCAUCCAGGUGACCGGGAUGACCUGUGCCUCCUGUGUGGCCAGCAUUGAGAGGAACCUCAAGAGAGAGGACGGUAUUUUCUCUGUCCUGGUUGCCCUCAUGGCUGGCAAAGCAGAGGUGCGCUACAACCCGGCUGUCAUAGAUCCUGCAGGAGUGGCAGAACUAAUCAAAGAGCUGGGGUUCGGAGCCUCAGUCCUCGAGAACUACGACGGGUCUGAUGGGAAUCUAGAACUCGUUAUUAGAGGAAUGACCUGUGCCUCCUGUGUUCACAACAUAGAAUCAAAUUUAAUGAAGACCAAAGGUAUCGUUUACACAUCCGUUGCACUUGCAACCAACAAAGCUCAUAUCAAAUAUGACCCAGAAGUCAUCGGACCUCGUGAUGUCAUGAAACUAAUUGAUAAUCUUGGUUUUGAGGCUUCUUUAGUGAAGAAAGAUAGAUCUGCAAGUCACUUAGACCACCGAAGAGAAAUCAGGCAAUGGAGGCGGUCGUUCUUUGUGAGCCUGUUUUGUUGCGUCCCGGUCAUGGGACUGAUGAUCCACAUGAUGAUAAUGGACAGUCACUUCUCCGGGCAACAUCACCACAAUGCCAGUGGUGUGGAUCUGGACCAGUAUCACUCCACCAUGUUCCUGGAGCAGCAGGUUCUCCCCGGGCUCUCCAUCAUGAAUUUAAUAUCCUUCCUGUUUUGCCUUACUGUGCAGUUUAUAGGAGGCUGGUACUUUUACAUCCACGCAUACAAAGCACUGAAGCACAGAACUGCAAACAUGGACGUGCUGAUCGUCCUGGCGACCUCCAUUGCCUUUGUGUACUCCUGUGUUAUCCUGCUGGUCGCAAUGAUUGAGAAGGCCAGAGUGAAUCCCAUAACCUUUUUUGACACCCCUCCUAUGCUUUUUGUCUUCAUCUCAUUGGGAAGAUGGCUGGAGCACGUUGCAAAGAGUAAAACUUCAGAAGCUUUGGCCAAGCUGAUGUCCCUGCAGGCUACAGAAGCCACUGUUGUAACUCUGCGGCCUGACAAGUCAGUGCUGAGUGAGGAGCAGGUGGAGGUUGAGCUGGUGCAGCGUGGAGACAUCGUUAAAGUGGUCCCUGGAGGGAAAUUCCCUGUGGACGGCAGAGUGAUUGAAGGGCACUCCAUGGCAGACGAAUCUCUAAUAACAGGGGAGGCCAUGCCUGUCACCAAGAAGCCAGGGAGCUCUGUCAUUGCGGGCUCCAUCAACCAGCAUGGCUCGCUGCUCGUCACCGCUACACAUGUGGGAGCCGACACCACCCUGUCUCAGAUCGUCAAACUCGUGGAGGAGGCGCAGACCUCAAAGGCUCCAAUCCAACAGUUUGCAGACAAGCUCAGUGGAUAUUUUGUCCCCUUCAUUGUUGGGGUUUCAGUCAUUACAUUUAUUGCUUGGGUCGUGAUUGGAUUUGUGGACUUUGAACUAGUGGAGAAAUAUUUCCAAGGUUAUAACAAGAGCAUCUCCCGCACGGAGGUGGUGAUCCGCUUUGCCUUCCAAGCCUCCAUCACAGUGCUGUGCAUCGCCUGCCCCUGCUCCCUGGGGCUGGCUACCCCCACCGCUGUGAUGGUGGGCACGGGGGUGGGAGCUCAGAACGGCAUCCUCAUCAAGGGAGGGGAGCCUCUGGAGAUGGCACACAAGAUAAACACGGUGGUGUUUGAUAAAACAGGAACAGUGACCCAUGGCACACCCAAAGUGAUCCAAGCCAAGCUCCUGGUGGAGAGUAACCAAAUGCCACGUGACAAACUCCUGGUGAUCGUGGGGACAGCGGAGAACAACAGCGAGCAUCCUCUGGGAGCAGCAGUCACCAAGUACUGCAAACAGGUGCUGGGCACUGAGUCGCUGGGAUCCUGCACAGACUUUCAGACGGUCCCUGGCUGUGGAGUCAGCUGCAAGGUCAGCAACACAGAGUCCCUGCUGCACAACAGAGAAAACGAGUCUGAGGAGAGGAACUCCAGAGAUGCUGUGUUAGUCCAGAUUGAGAACAGGACAGCCGACCACGCACACCCUUUGAUUAUUGAGCCUGAGCCUUCAACCUCUGUAAUAUCUCAGACCUACACAGUGCUGAUAGGAAACCGCGAGUGGAUGAAAAGAAACUGUCUCGAAAUUAAAAGUGACGUUGACGGUGCCAUGAUUGAGCACGAGCGCAAAGGGCGCACUGCUAUCCUCGUAGCCAUUGAUGGCCUCCUGUGUGCAAUGAUCGCGAUCGCAGACACAGUAAAACCUGAAGCGGCGCUUGCUGUCUACACUUUGAAAUCCAUGGGGCUGGAGGUGAUUUUGAUGACCGGUGACAACAGUAAAACUGCCAGAGCCAUAGCCGCACAGGUUGGCAUCACAAAAGUGUUUGCAGAGGUCCUCCCCUCCCACAAGGUGGCAAAGGUGGAGCAGCUCCAGAAGGAGGGGAAGCACGUGGCGAUGGUUGGGGACGGGGUCAACGACUCGCCAGCUCUCGCCAUGGCAGACGUGGGAAUUGCCAUUGGCACAGGGACCGACGUGGCCAUUGAAGCGGCAGGCGUUGUGUUAAUCAGAAAUGAUCUGUUGGAUGUGGUUGGGAGCAUUGACUUAUCUAAGAAGACUGUGAGAAGGAUUCGGAUUAAUUUUGUUUUUGCUUUAAUUUAUAACAUUGUCGGGAUUCCUGUAGCAGCUGGGGUGUUUCUCCCCAUUGGCCUGGUGUUGCAGCCCUGGAUGGCAUCUGCUGCAAUGGCUGCAUCCUCUGUUUCAGUGGUGCUGUCUUCAUUAUUACUCAAACUUUACACUAAACCAAGUGCUGAGAAGUUGGAAGCACGAGCCCGAGGCCAGUUCAGACAGAAGAGCCUUUCUGACAUCAGCGUCCACAUUGGAAUCGACGACACGAGGCGCCAGUCUCCAAAACUCAGCCUGCUGGACAGGAUCAUCAACUACAGCAGAGCCUCCAUUAACUCCCUGAGGUCAGACAAGCGAUCCCUGAACAGCAUGGCUCUGACAGAGCCAGACAAGCACUCUCUCCUGGUGGGAGAGGAGACUGUCUGAGUCCUGAAUACCUUCCUGCAUUCACACCAGCUCCUCCCGCUCCCAGUCACCUCGUCGGCUGUAAAACUGAUGUAGAAACAUGCUGCUGCAUUACAUGGGCUUCUCGAUCAGUUUCAAAUCCUGAUACAGGAACAAUAUGAUAUUUCAGCGAUUCUUUUAGUAAGGCAUGUAUUUUUUUAAGAAUGUUAACCCCUUUCUUCCCAGCCUGUGCAAUGACAGUUGAACUCUUGCUGCAUCCAGUUUGAUUAGGUCAUUGCAAAUUCCAGUCCUGGUCAUGGAAACAUUGCACCAUUGUUACAACUGGUGUUUGGAGAUUUCCAGUAGGAUAUGGAAGAGUGGAAUUUAAUUUGCAGGGUAUCUGAAGACACAUCAUAUGCACGUAUGGACUAAUUGCACAAUACGGUGAUCAAUGCAGAGGGUUUGGUCCUAGCGCACUGAACCCAGAAGAUCUUCAAUUGGCACAAAGCUAAAUCUGUAAUGGGUAUUUCAUAUUGGUGCUUUCUAAUUUGAAGCAUUUCAGCUAUUUAAGUGAUUUUAAUAGAAAAAAAAGAUGUUUAUAAGUUAUCAGUCUUAGUUCAGUAUUAAACAUGCUGGUGAUCAGUGUAGAUGUUAUUGGUAAAAUUCAUUUUGUUUAUGGAUAUAUUUAGCGCCUUGCUUUCGUAGCUCAAGCAAAAUCUUUCAUGUUUUUUGGCCAUAAGGUGGCAGUGUACUUAUGAUGCUGUUGGAAAUUAAUGGAAGUGAGUAAUUACGAAGUGGUAAUAGAUUUUUUUUCCAUACUUUUUCAUUUUUGCUGUUCAAAACUUUUUUUUAUUCUGGGGGUUUAACAACUAUUUAUUCUAAUUUUUUCUGAGUUUAAGAAGUGCCCAAUCAAUACAUAUUGUUGAUAUUUAUUGAAAAAUAUAAGUAAACAUCACUAGGAAUUGGAUCAGUCCCUGGAGCAGCCUGGAAGUCAUAUUGAUCAUUAAAGUGUUCCUUAUAAUGUACCGGAAUCCUCCUGAUAUUCAGAAUCCUUCUCCUUCAUUCUUUCAGGUCCUGAACAUGUAAGCGCUAUCAUAACAGUCACUGCACCUUAACAUACAAAAAAAGCAUCCAUAUAUAUAUAUAUAUAUAUAUAUAUAUAUAUAUAUAU